CUCUUGUGGAACGUACAAUCUCAUGGCAAGAAAAAAAUAGAAAAAAGUGAAAGAAAUGAUUUGGAAGAAAACAGCAAGGAGUCGGUAACAAUAUCUAUCUUCACAUAUACCGAUUCAGAUGUUCUAUCUCAAUCAUUAAUUAAUGAAAGGUCUAUUGCACAUCCUACUUCUUCAUCGCUUAGUCAUUUGGAAAGAAAGCUGCUAAAAAGAAAACCAAAAUCAAGAAUGAAUUUUCAUGAUUUUGUUACAUGGCAAAAGCCUCUAUUCUCAUAUGGUAAAGAAAUAAUUAAAAAGCAGGACAGUUCCAAUACCAUAUUUCUGCCUGUAGGUCAAACUCUGCUUGUCAUGGCUGCUUUAUUUUAUGAAGAUGGCUCAUCUUCUGAAGAAAUAGAACUAUGCUGUUUACGCUAUAAUGAUUAUGGUACUUUGAUUGUCUGUCCAGAUUUUUGCAAGAGUAAAGCAUUUUCAUUUCUUAAUAGCAGAUCAGAAGCAUUUGAAUAUGAAUUCGAAAACGUUUCACAUGUUCUAAAAGAAUCUGAAAACUUGCAAGAAAAAGGUUUCUUUCGAAAGGUUGAGCUUCAAAAACAAAAAGUGAUUACUGAUGCUGUUGGAGAAAUAUUUUUCCUACCUCCUGAAGACAACAUCUUAUUUACUAUAAAUUGUGAAAUAGUGUCUGCAAGCUACUUCUUGCUUCAAAAUAUUUUUGUGCAUUAUCAAAUAAUUCUUCCUGAAGGUUGCUGUUCAGAAAGUCCUUUGGAGGGGACCACUGAAACAUGUAGAAGCAAACAAAUUGAGCAAGCUAACGUUGCUUAUUUUGGAUACAGCUUUUCAGUGGAUGUUGUAACUAAAGCGCCUUUUUUAAACAGGUUGUCCAGUUUAAAAGUACUAGUCGAAGCAACUUCUGUUGAUUAUUGGGGCAACUUUCGUAAUGAAGGAUAUGGCUAUGGCGAUAUAGUAUUAGAACCAGGACAACUCAAAAUGGAGAUUCUAACGUGGAAACUUGAACCUACAACUCUUAAGAGCAAGUUACAUAAUUUUUUUAUUGGUGGAGUGCCGAGCUUAGAAGACAUAUCCUAUGUAAUUAGUCCAAGAGAGACAAAAGAUGCACAACUAUCAAAGUAUGGUGUUCACACAGUAUCAAGUGGAAAAGUGACUUUCACUGCUUCAAUAAUAAAGCAGAUCAAGUUAUGAGUGAAUUUGUUUCAUCUUGAAAGAAAGCAUUUGCAAGCAUAUUGAAACAUAUGGCUUUAUUUAUACACUUUUAUAAAUUUUUCAAUAAAUGUAUACAUAAAA